AUGAUAGCGCGGUCCAAACACCGCUCGUCAGUUGAACUAUGCUCGGAUUGCGGCGCAUCAGACCCGACGUGGGCGUCCAUCAAUCGUGGAUUGUUACUAUGCGCUGAAUGCUGUAGCGUCCACAGAAGUAUGGGGAGACAUAUUUCUCACAUUAAAUCUUUGCGACAAGGUUCUUGGCCACCUUCACUCUUAGCGAUGGUGCAGUCACUAAUAGCCCAAAAUGUGAAUAGUAUAUGGGAACAUUCAUUAUUGGAUACUUCAGCGCCUAAACAUUUGCGGAAGAAACCACAACCUAAAGAUCCACUUCACCCAAUAAAGUCCGAGUUCAUCCAUGCAAAGCAUUUACGCUUGGCAUACGUAUUGCGUGCCCGUCGUGAUGAACCACCCAGUGAGUUGGGGAGACAAUUGCACAGUGCUGUAAGGAGCUCUUCACUUGACACAGCUAUGAGAUUACUAGCUCAAGGAGCUGAUCCAAAUUACUAUAAUCAGGAGAAAGGUAGCGCGUGUUUACAUGUCGCUUGUCGUGCGGGACAGCCUUCUCAAGCAGAACUGCUUGUUGCGUGGGGUGCAGACCCUAACACAAGAGAUAGUAGUGGUAACACACCUGCGGAAUGUGCUAGACAAGGCGGGCACACAGAGCUGGCGGAACGUAUAACGGAACUAGUAUACGAGGCGACAGAUCGCAUGAUUGUGUUCUUAACGGGCGAACGACCCGCUCAUGCAGCCGGCCGCCAUUACAUAGUACCUCGCGCACAUGAUACGCACGAAAUGACGGAUGUUGCAAAAGCUGCCCGUGGAAAACUGCAGUUGCUACCAAAUCAUCUCUUUGAGGAGCUGGUUAUGGACAUAUAUGAUGAAAUUGAUCGCAGGGAGACUGAAGCGAUUUGGCAGACGCAGGCGACGGGUUUGGAGCGGUGUGGAGUGGCGUUUUUACCAGUGAACCCGGCGUUAUCAGCGCCACGUAACCAGGGCCGUCAGAAGCUGGCCCGCCUCUCCGCGCCCGAGCUGGCGGCGCUGCUGCGCGACGUGCUGCUGGACGCCACGCGGAGACAACGCCUCGCCUCGCUGCAGCCUAGAGCACUAGCCGGUCCAUUAAACCCAUUGCUGUCAGGUAGCCACUUGAAACACAUAUCUCAGAUGUCCGAUGACGAGCCGCUCUACGACUCUGUGGCUUCCGAUGAUGACUACGCGGCGUUAGCGCCCAUAGAUCUCGAUAUAACGAGUAUUCUUCCACGAACCGCCGAAACCGUGUCUUCUACAUACAACCCAUCGCUACCUGGCGAACAGUCGGGCUUGGAUUCGAAGCAAACACAAUCACUAACAAACACGAUACAGCAGGUUGUACCCGAGCGGCACGACGAAAUCGAAACGUUACGAAAAGAACUAGACAACAGAGACUCGACCAUAACUGAACUGAAAAACCAACUAAGAAAUCUGCAGACCAUAGUGGAGCAGCUGACGAAAGAAAACAGCGUCUUGAAGACCACGAGUAGCAUGGACGACGACAACAGCAUAACUUCACAGACUUCUAUAAGCGAAAGCACUAGCAAUGUUUUAGACGGGAAAUUCCCAGAGAGGGGGCGAAGCCUCGAAACGGAUCAGUUAACUCUGACUGAGGAUGUGGAUGUGAAACAGUCGCUGAAGAACGCGCAGAGACCGGUCAGUAUGUAUGAGACUAGAGAGGGCCCAAAGAAUAACUGGCAGGUUACUAAACAUCAGCUUACCACACUACCGGGUCUAGAGCGUUCGCUGACACAGAGCGCGCUCGACGGGGAGGAAGCGUGCGAGAUGGAGGGCAGUGCGGGCGGGGAGGCGGUGCAGCGGCGCGCGGAGGCAGUGACGCGAGCGCUGCAGGAGCUGUGGGCGGCGGCGCGCCUGCAGCAGCCGCACCUCGCCGAGCGCGCGCACCACAUCCGCUGCGCCGUGCGCGCGCUGCUCGCGCUCUUCCCGCAGACGAGCACAGAGGCGAGCCUGCAGGAGCUGGUGGAGGCGCUGCGCGCGGCGAGCGAGGAGGUGCAGGCGGCGUGCGCGGCGCCGGCGCCGCUGGACCGCGUGCGCGCGGCCGCCUACGAGCUGGCGCGCGCCACCAAGCUGCUGGUCACGCGCCACCCCUCCUAG